AUGCACGUCAAUUAAAUAGAUACAGAGGGAUUUCUUCUUGAUUUGGGGAUAGAUAGACUAUAUAUAUGGAGUAAUUUCUUCUUGACAUAGAGUAAUAAAGAACAGAAGGGAUAUAGGAGGAUGGCGUGGGUCUGGACAACAAUUGCUUUGUUUGCGGCGGCGGCGGCAGCUCUACUCCUCCACCUUCAUAGCUCAGUGAAGAAAAAGAAGAAAGUGGCGCCAGGUCCAAGAGCUCUUCCCAUUCUGGGGCACCUUCACCUGCUCGGUAAAAACCCGCAUCAUGAUUUAAGCAAGCUCGCCAAAUUGCACGGCCCCAUAAUGCGUUUGCGGUUCGGGUUUAUCGAACACGUCGUCGUUUCCUCCCCGCCGGCGGCACACCUCUUCCUCAACACUCAUGACCUGCUCUUCGCCGGCCGGCCACCCCACCAGGCGUCCAACCACAUCAAUUACGGCCAGAUCAACCUCACCUUCGGCCAGUACGGCCCUUACUGGCGCGCCAUCCGCAAAAUCUGCACGUUGGAGUUGCUCAGCAGUCACAAGAUCAGAUCUUUUCAAUCUGUCAGAACAGAGGAGAUGUGCCUUCUCGUCGAAUCGCUCAAAUCGGCGGCGGAGACGGAUCUGAGUGCCCGGGUCGCGGCCAUGGCGGCCGACAUGAGCUGUAGGACGGUGUUCGGGAAGAAAUACGAGUUCAAGGACGUCGAUGAGAGGGGAUUGAAGGUCGCGGUUAAAGAGACGAUGGAGCUAUUUGCUCGACCGAAUCUUGCGGAUUACUUUCCGCCAUAUCUGGGCUGGGUCGACCUGCAAGGCUUCAGAAGAAGAUUGAAAGCCACCGCCGAACUCUUUGAUACGUUCCUGGAGAGGAUUGUUGAUGACCAUGAGCAGCGCGAUGAGAAGAGGGAUUUUGUUGACAUUCUGUUGUCUAUCUCGAAAUCUGGGGAAACUGACUUCCCCUUCAGUCGUCAACAUGUCAAGUCUAUUUUGCUGGAUAUGUUUAUAACAUCUAUGGACACUUCAGCGACUGUAAUUGACUGGACGAUUUGUGAAAUCAUAAAACACCCGCAAGUCCUGAAGAAAGUCCAACAAGAACUAGAAAGCAAUGUUGGACUAGAUAGGAUGGUGGAUGAAUCAGAUUUAGAAAAGUUGAAAUACUUAGAAAUGGUCAUCAAAGAAUCCCUUAGGCUCCAUCCUGUGGCACCACUUCUUCUCCCUCAUGAGGCAAGGGAAGACUGUGUGGUUGAUGGUUUUGACAUACCAAAAGGAGCACGAAUCAUUGUGAAUGUUUGGGCGAUUGGGCAUGACCCAAAUGUAUGGGCUGAUCCUGAGAAAUUCAUCCCAGAGAGAUUUGAAGGUCUCAAUAUAGACUACAAAGGACAACAUUAUGAACUCAUUCCUUUUGGUUCGGGAAGAAGAAUGUGUCCUGGCUUACAACUUGGAAUCACUACGGUCAAGUUAGUGAUAGCACAAUUAGUGCAUUGCUUUGAUUGGGAACUUCCAAAGAGUAUGUCACCGGAAGAAAUAGACAUGACCGAGGAGUUUGGUCUUGUGGCAACUCGUGCCAAUCACUUGAUGGUUGUGCCUAAAUAUCGAUUGUGUAUUUGAUCCAAUUAAUUCAUGGUAAAGCAAGCAUGUCUUCUAUUGUCACGUUCUGGACCAACCAAUGACAAUAGACUAACAUAUAUGGGAAUAUUGUAUAUGAAUAAGGGAAAGCAUAUAUUGCCUUUGUCCAAUAAAACAUGACCAAAGUUGAAUUGCAUGUAGAAUAAUAAAGUAAAAUAUGUGUGAUUGAGAUUUGUGCAAAGGAGAAAAGAAAAAAUUUAUCCACAUAUUUUUUACUUUAAAUCGAAAUGAUAUUUUUUUUGGGAUGAUCCAAAAAGGAAAUUUGGUCAAGUUUUAUGGAACGGAGGGAGUAGUAUUCUUCGACAAGAGAUGAAUAUGACUUGUGCUCACUACUUGAAUAAUGUAACUAGUGUCUCAACCCUUAUUCAAAGCAUGUGUAAUGUGUUUCAAUGUAGGAGCCCGUGUGCUAGUUCACACAUUAAAGUUUUACAUGUGAAAUAAUUGUAUGUAAAGUACAUGGUUGUAAUUAGUUUGCAUGUAAAAUAAAAUUACAUUGUUUGACAAUCUAUGUAAUCUAUUUUUAAAUUACG